CAUUUUUUUUACACUUAAUGACGCUUAAUUUCAUUUCUUAUCGGGUUCUAAAAGGGAUUAUUCAUUCAUAUACAACAAUCUGCAGCUGAUGCCAGCCAAAGUCUCCCUCCUUUGAGUGAAGUCAUCUAUUAUUAAGCGAAAGGCCGUGCGUGGAAAUGUGUGGAAGACGGUGGAUUUGAAGUAGAAUUGGUUGCAAUCGAUCAAGGGUGAAGAAUAUUCCUGAUGGUAACAAAAGAAGCAGCUAUGUCUUUCUCUCAAUUUGGAUACCCUUACAAUGCAGCUUCACAGUUUUUCGUGUCGGCAAACCCCAGUACGACUUGCUGCGAUUCGAUUUCCAGGUCGGUCUCUGACGGGACAGGCAGCUCUCAGACCGCCGCUGCUGCAUCCUUCUGCUGCCCUUCCUACGAGAACCGGCUCCUGGCGAGCAGCCGGACGGAGCUGAACGCUGCGCUGCAGGGCAUGUACAGCUCUCCCUACGCCGCAGCGGCCGCAGCCAGCCAGAACUACGCCAACUACUUUCCCUACAGCACGGACCCAUCCGCUAUCUACUCCACUCUGAAUCCCCAGUAUGACAUCAAGGACAGCACAGGCACUUUACACUCUGGCAUCACACAAACUGCUGCAUACUAUCCCUACGAUCACUCAUUGGGACAAUAUCAAUAUGACAGAUAUGGGACGGUUGACUUUAACGGCACAGCUCGAAGAAAGAACGCUACACGUGAAACCACCAGCACCCUCAAAACUUGGUUGUAUGAGCAUCGCAAGAACCCUUACCCCACCAAGGGAGAGAAGAUCAUGCUGGCCAUCAUCACCAAAAUGACCCUCACACAAGUUUCCACCUGGUUCGCAAAUGCCCGGAGAAGGCUAAAAAAGGAGAACAAGAUGACCUGGUCACCAAAGAAUAAGGCCAACGAUGACAGGAAGGACGACCUUCACAAGAGUGAACAAGACUGCGCCACCAAAGAUUCUAGUGAUUGCAAGGAGGAGAAGGAUCUACAUCUAAGUGAUUUGGAUGAUAUGGAUGAGGACGACUGUGACAAGCUGGACAGUGACUGUGAAAAGGUGGCAGCAGAUGAACAGGACCUCCAAAGAGUCAUGGCAGCUCCUCAAAAAAGAGACUGCAGCUCUGAACUGCACCUGAGUUUAACCAACAGCUUCCAUUCAUUCCCCUGUGCCAUCAAAAGCGUUACCACCCUCCCCCCUCUCCCAUCUGACUUCCUGGAUCCUGCAGGGUCCAAGGCAUCCUCUUUGAUCGGCCCUUCACCAGGAACAGUGUCCCUUUCUCACUUUGAAGCUUCAGACAAGCCAAGGAUCUGGUCCCUGGCUCGUACAGCAGCUUCAGGGGUCAUACUGAGCCCUCAGGACCAUGGCUCUGAGCUGAGGACAGGGAGCUCAACAGGAGACUGCCAGUUACAGAGCAGCCGGCUUUCUGGGGCCCCAACUGGACAAUGUGGAGCAGUGACAGGCCUCCAUGAAUCCAGCAGUGUCACCAAUGCUGACAGCCCCUUCCAUGAUGGCUCAUCCUUGCACUCAAAAGUCUAUGGCACAAGCAACUAUAGUCACAAAGGCCUCCAACUUCACUGUUCAUCCUAUGCUGCACUCCCAGACACAUGUCAGUACUCCACUGUUGAAGGAUUCUCUGGCGGCAAAGCAGAGCUUCAGUCGUCUGACCUCGGUGAAGCCUGUGGGAGCGUGCAGGAUGACAAGGUCACAGCAUUCAGAGCAGUCAUGAAGAGGUGAAGCAGACUACUGGAGAGUGUACAACAAUAAAUAAUGGGACAUUUAUUAUGCACUAAAGGACACACUGGCCGAGUAGCGGCCUGACAAAUGGCGCUGCUGGAGUGACAGCUGUCAGACUGUGGACUUGACUAUCAUUUUGCACAACAUUGUGUUUAAAGUGUUAAAGACAUUAUGCAAAAAUAAUUCUAGAUGCAAAAGAACGACAAUGCCCCGAUGGAAACGGACGAAUUUGUAUAAGGCAAUCGUGUAGUGUAGCAACCUUAUUUAUUUCUCUGUGUAUUUAUUUUUGUGUUCCCGUCAGUUUUGUUUAUUAUUUAAAAGAUAUGAUUUGUUGGAUUUCUACGUCCAUUAAGUAUUUGUUAAGUGUUUCGUUACUGUGGCUUAGUGUCAUUUUUGUCUGAUGUAAAAGAGAAACCCCCGUCGGACAGCUAAAAAGGACUGGACCCGCUGUUUUGCGCAUACUUGGAUAUCUAUAUUUUUGUCAUUGUGUUAAACUGUGAGCUUCUCCUGUGUUUACCAUCCAUUACAUUUUUUCUAAUAAUACAUUUUUCCAAGAAC